AUGUUGCGUCCUACCCCUAAUAGUGAUGCAGCUGAGCGUCUACAUUUCAUGUUUUCUAGACGUUCUUUAUCAUUUGGGCCGGAAGAGUUUUGUAUUGUCUCGGGACUUUACAUGGGUCGUUUUCAUACUUCAAGGAUUGAAUUUUCAACCAUGUAUAAUCACGGAUACGGUGAUAAUACAUUUCGGUCCAGAGUCUUCCCGUAUCGCACGGACACUGCGUUAUUUGUGGAAGAUUUAGAGCUACUUAUCUUGAACCGACGGUUUAAUGAGAUAUCGGCUGACGAUGCUGUCCGUGCGAUUUUGCUAUAUAUCCUCAAUCAAGGCUUUUUGGGAAAAGAACCCAAAGACAAAGUCACAAAGGAAGUUCUAUGGGUAGUGGAGAACCUGGAUGAAUGGAACAAAUAUGGAUAUGGGAGAUGUUCCCUAGCUCGGGGGAAUGCUGCGAUACGACGAAACAAUUUAUAUCCUCAUAUGUUGCGGUGGUUUCACCUUAGGAGGUUAACAUGGGAGAAAGUUUGCGAUCUUUUCGAUGUUGACCAGGACAAGACACAUCAACCGAAAAGAAAGAUGAUUUCCUCAGAUGUCGAUUCAUCUACUCCACAUUACUUGACAUAUAUUUCUAGUCUGAAUCCUGAAUCGCCAGAAGUCCCUUCUUUUGUACGCUUCAACUUUAGAAAAGAUGGAGCAUCUUCAUCUGAUCCAUCUUGUGGAAACAACCGAUCUACCCAGUCCACCGAAGAAACUCAUACGGUGGGAAUUAAUAUGAAAACAACCCGAGAAAUAUUGGCAAGACUUCAAAGCUUGGAAGAAGAAAUCCGAGGAAUAAAAUGUAAAGAUGGAUUUGAAAAACAGGAUGACAAUAAUGAAUUUUUUGACGCAGUGUUUGGGGGGAAUGAAGAUGUGGGAGGUAGUUAUCGGAUGACAAGCUCGAAGAAGAAUAAGAAGAUUGUUGCCAGCAACAUCAUGGAUGCGGAAAACCAUAUAAUCGUGCCUCCUGUUGCAAAACCAGAUCGUCCGGUUAGGGUAUUGAAACAUUCUCAAUAUCUUAGUUCUCCAUAUGUUUUUGUUCAAAAUGCUCACCGAUAUCGUCCGGAUGGGCAUGUUGACUUAUGGGGAAGGCUUUUGAAUGAGCGGAGACCGAACGAUGCUCGAUGGACAAUCAUGCCAUCUUUAUUUUUUGCGGCAUUUGAGAUGUUCGAGUGGGUAGGAAGUGCAUUGGGACAUCCGUUUGACCCGUUAGAUGGAUGUAAAUCUUGGUUAGAAGUUGACCAUCCAUCAACGUCCAACAAUAAGCCUCCUUUGGGGACAAGCUCCCAUAACGUGUCAACCAAUCCCCCUCCCAACGUUGAUCCUACUACAGUAGGAGAGAAGAUGGAUGAGGAAGUGAAAAAAUUGUUGUUACAAAGAAAAGCUAAAGUGGAUAAGGCUUUUAAAGAUUAUCGUCUCCAAAGAGACCUUCUAGACAUCUAUUAUGAUGACAUUGAUCGUAAAAAGAAUUGGAUUAUAAGUACCAGGCAAGAAAUCCAAUCUACCGAGAGUUCGAUCCGUUCCAGUGAAGAAAAUUUGCGAAAGCUUAAGAGUGAAUUAGCACUUCGUGAGUACUAUUUGGAGAAAAAAAAGGGAAGUCAUUGA